AAAACAUCUACAAUCAUUAGACCGUGAAAUCCAUACAUACGUCUAAUCGGGAGGAUGGCGAACAUAGGUAUUAUAACUAGUGGACUAAUACUAACGCUGUUUGUGAGCCAAAAUGCAGCCACCAAGCUUCUGCUUUUUGUCGAUUAUGACGACAUGAAUUACACGGACGCUAAGGAGGCGUGUGAGAGUUUCGGGGGUCGUUUAGCGGAUCCGAGUUCCUUCACGACGGAGGAGAAACUGGACGUCAUGCAGUGUAUCCCUCCUGAUGUAGUUUUCUGGACCAAUCAGAAAGGAUCCAAGGACGCUUGUUUGAUUACGUUCCAUCUGGAUAUCAAGUGUUUCUACGAGAGAAGAUACUAUCAACAUGAUUUCCUCUGUGAAGCAGAGAAGGACACAAUCCGCUACUCCCGCCACCUGAGGAUGGGCCACGUCUGUAACCAUGAACACGUACACUCCACACUAUCCCCGAUUGUAAAUACUACACCCUCACCCACGAGACCCUCCCCGGGAACAAUGUCCAUGCGGACUUCCAGGCCAAUUAUGACAUUACAAACUAUAGGAACCAGGCCACCACGGGGCGAUAAAACAACCACGCCCACCCCCUUAACCAGCACACAGCACAGUAUCAACGGAACGAAUGGUGAUUAUAAGAACGGACAGAAGGAGGCUGGCGGAGUCUCUAACAUAGGUAGCGCCGCUGCAGUCAUCAUAUUUCUUGUCAUUUUAGUGUUCUCCACAUUUGGGAUUUUCUACGUUUAUGUCAAAAGGAAAAAACCAGAGCUUCUUCGGAGAGCCUCUUUCUGGAAAAAUCAGGAGCCAGUUCAAAACGAGUACGACACGGUUCGCCCUCGGCAGGGACAGGAGCACUCAUAUGGAUGCAUGCAGACGCAGGAAUCGCUUGGUGACUACCUGCAGCCAAAUCCUUCCGCCAUCCGGUCACGGAACAUUGACAACAUAGAUUAUUUGGUGGAGGCGGAUGAUAACAUAAUAAGCGGUGUAGACAACGCUUCCGUGAGUGGUCAGGCCGCGCAGGAAAAUGAUUAUGACUAUAUUCACAUUGACGAUGCAGACUGCCGUAAACCGCCAUCAGCUCCUUAUGAUCUCGCCCGCGCCAUUCCGAACAAUGACUACGAAAAGUGCAGCCAAUCAAAUCUUAAGAUUUCAACAAUUUCAUCCCAGCAUGAUUAUUAUAACACACCAAAUUCUAGAACCAAUAGUCCCAUUGUGAGUAAAAAACCUAAACUGGAGAAUGAUUCCGACAAAACAUGUACGUAAUCAUGUUGUUAUGACUUCAUUGUACGUUUGAUUUCAUUCAAAGUUUGUUAAUGGUUGUUGUUAAAACUAUAUUGAAUGUUCUCUAGUAGAAAUGUUUUCAUUAAAACAGUA